AUGGCGUGUUCACCCGAACGUUCUCUCACGGCGCACCAUCCCCCGUCGUUCGCCCAUCGCCCACACCUUACGCCUCUACACCCAAUCACGUCGUCGUCGCCUCUUCCGCAACAAGCGUGCUGGCCGAAAGCCACUCGAGGCGAAUCUUGUUGCUGCUCCUUCCCCUGCUGCCCCAGUCCCGGAAACUGCUGUCGCACGCCCUCCCUAAUUCAUCACCCGGCGUCGCGUCCUACCACCGCCGUCACGAGUGCUUCUCCCCAGCCGGCGACGACGGCGGAAACUUCGGUGGACGUCGCGCCAAGCGGCGGUCCCGUGGAUGGAUUUUCCAGUCCUCAAGGGGUGAUUUUAUCAGCGGAAAAAAUCGACAACUUUCCGUCAGCCCUAUCCGUCAGUUCCUUUUCGUCAGUUUCUGCGGAGGUGGAGGAGGAGGAUGAGAUCUGGAGCAAGAGUCUCACCGGCGUCGUGGCGGCGCGGCUUUGCUCUGACAAUUCCGCGAAUGUCGCUGCUGCCGACUUUCCCAACCAAACGGUCACCGCGCCAGCCGACGCGGCUGCCGCCCAGCCGAUGAGCGAAUGGGAGGAGGAGUUUCUGCAGCAACUCGAACGUUCCAUGGUGGAUUCCCGCGGGAGGCUCGUCGAGUCGCUUAUGGACACCACCUCUCUUUUCCAAGCUUGUACAAAUCUGAAUGACGUGUCGCUCUCCCUCCCACCAUCCAUCUCGUCACUUCCGCCUUCCCUCUUCCGUUUAAGGCAGCUCUCUCAUUUACGGCUCUCUAUCCACGGUUUCAGUUCCUUACCACGUGACUUCUUCCAUCUCGCUCCCUCGCUCCGAUCGUUGACGCUCAUAUCUUCUCAGCUAGAGAUGCUACCUGAAACCCUAGGAGAUUUCUCGUUGCUUCAAGAACUGACCCUGUCAUGCAUAAAAAUGCAUUCGUUUCCAGAGAUUACCGCACACCAGCUGCCCAGCCUCCGUCUGGUUUCCCUUGACUGCCCAACUCUCGCCAGCCUGCCCGAGAAUCUCUUCCACUUGCCAUCUCUGACCUCCUUGAAAGUUUCCUCCUCCAGAAUCGCUUUGCUGCCCGAGAAUCUAGGGCACUCGCUAAGGCACUUAGAGCUAUCUAGCCUCUACUGUCUUUCACAUUUGCCGCUAUCAUUGGGGCACCUCGAGAACCUGGAAACUCUGAAGCUUGACCAAUGCUUCUCUAUGACUCACCUUCCACCUUCCCUCUCUUCCCUCCCCAGACUCCACACCCUCUCCCUGAUCCGCUGUCCGUCGCUUGCCUUCUUGCCAGAGACUUUCGGUCAGCUGCCCGGCCUGAAAACAUUGGAGCUGGUAGAUUGUAGAAAAUUUCAGCAGCUGCCCGAGUCCCUGACAGCUCUGCAGGCACUGACUCGUCUUGUGAUUCAAGGAUGUGAAAAUUUGGAGUCUCUGCCCAGGAACAUCGGGCACAUGAAGGGGCUGAGGGAACUCGAAAUCUUCGCAAGUGAUUGCAUCCGGGAGAUUCCAGCAACACUGAUUCUCCUGUCGCAAAUCGAGCGCUUGUCAAUUUCAGACUGCCCGAAGCUCCAUUUCCUACCCGCCCUGAGCGGCGAACAUUUCAAGAGCCUGACGCAUCUGCAACUCUCGCAUCUUCCGUGCUUACCUGCACUGCCAAAAAACCUAGGGAAGCUUCCAAGGAUCCAGGAGGUUCGGCUGAAUGGUUCAAACUUUGUCCGGCAGCCACAGCUUCGCGAGUCCGAGCGCGCAUAUAACGGAAGAUGGCGAUUGGAUGACGACAAGCCGCCGCGGACGCUUUUGGACGUGCCGGAUCGCGUUCGGAGGGGUUUAGGGAGGUCUUCAGCGACGUUUCAAUCGUCGGCGUACGAUCGACGGGAACGAGGCGGUUUCGGUCAGCGUGGCGACGCCGCGACGUACGGCAGCAAGCCGUACGGAUCGAAGGAUUCGUACGAAGGGCGAUCGUACGGCGGAGGGCGAUCCAAGGAGGCGUACGACGGGCGAUCGUACGGUCGAGAGCGGUACGAUUCCGGCGGGAGUGACGGGGAGCGGAGACCUGCGGGGAGGGCGCCUGGGCGCGGCCGUGGGCGGGGGGGGGCAGGGCAGGGGGAAGAGGCGAGCGGGGAGAAGCACGGGGCGGGGAACGGCGCGCGGAGACUAAGGAACACAACCUUGGAAACGGGCGCGAGGGGUUUACGCGGGGAGCUCCGGCGGGGUUUAAAGGAGGGUGUGGGGGGGAUUGAGGUGGAGGCGAGCGGGGAGGAGUGGCGGAGGCGGAAGGUGGGGUGGCUUGCGCGGGAGGUGGCAGCGGUGGUGCCGAGUGGGAUGGUGCGGCUGCUGAACGCACAGAAGCAGUGGAUGCGCAUGGGCGACCUGGUCGCUGUAGUGGAGAGCCUUAUAGCGAGGAAGGAGGUGGUGCGCGGGAUACGGGUGGCAGCGGUGGUGCCGAGUGGGAUGGUGCGGCUGCUGAACGCACAGAGACAGUGGAUGCGCAUUGGCGACCUGAUCGCUGUAGUGGAGAGGAGAGCCGUGUAUGGUAUGAUGCAAGGCCUUGGGGGGAGCAUAGAGCGCAGCCCCACAGGGGAAAGCACACAAACAGCACUAUCACCACCACCACCACCACCACCACCACCACCACCACCACCACCACCACCACCACCACCACCACCACCACCACCACCACCACCACCACCACCACCACCACCACCACCACCACCACCACCACCACCACCACCACCACCACCACCACCACCACCACCACCACCACCACCACCACCACCACCACCACCACCACCACCACCACCACCACCACCACCACCACCACCACCACCACCACCACCACCACCACCACCACCACCACCACCACCACCACCACCACCACCACCACCACCACCACCACCACCACCACCACCACCACCACCACCACCACCACCACCACCACCACCACCACCACCACCACCACCACCACCACCACCACCACCACCACCACCACCACCACCACCACCACCACCACCACCACCACCACCACCACCACCACCACCAGCAGGGGGACAGAUCCCCCAAGCAACAUUCAAGGCCCUUGCAGGCUCCCCCCCACCCUCCUCUCCCCCUUCCACCUCAUCUCCCUCUUCUUCCCCCUCCUCGAAGCUUCUCUACGAGCUGUAUGACGCGUUCAGCCGCCCAUCGGCCCGCGGCCGCCACGUCAGCAAGCUGGAGCAGCUACUUAAAGACCUCUCCUCCCUAGGGGCCCCAAUCACCCCCCUCAUGCACUCGCGCUUAGCACAACAACUGGCCUGCCUGGGAGAUAUCGACAAAGUCGACGCGCUUUUAGCUAAUAUGCGCUUAGCUAAGCUCCCGAUCCCGGCUCCUGCUUUAGAAGCUGCGGUGAUUGCUUGCGCUCGGGCGUACCACUCGCAGGGUCCUCUCGGGCAGCAGGGAAAUUUCGGCUCGGGCGGCGGGGAGGUUUUUGGCGUGCUGACUGGGCUGCCCGAGCGGGCAGCGAGGGGGGUGAGGGAGGUGGAAGAGGCCGGGUUUCGGCCGAUGAGUGUAUGGCCAAAGGUGCUUGAAGCAGCCGAAGCUGCUGCCGCUGCAGCUGUUGCUGCUGGUCGCGCAGCUGGAGGUGCUGAAGCUGCUGGUUUGGUAGACAGGUCCGGCGCCAGACCGGUGUGGCAGGCUCGGCCGAGCCUGCGGGCGUAUAAUGUGUAUGUGGAGGCGUUGAGUGGGGUCGGAGAGGUGGGGGCAGCAGAGAGGAUGGUGAGGGAGAUGGGUGAAAGGGGCAUGAGGCCGCUCACUAAGGGGUUCAAUGCGGUGCUGAGGAUGCAUGACUGGAGAGCAAAGGAGGAAGAGGAAGAGGAAGAGGAAGAGGAAGAGGAGGAGGAGGAAGAGGAGGGUAGUGAAGAGGAGGACGAGGAUGAUUACGACGACGAGGAGGAGACGGAGGAGGAGACGGAGAGAAGGGAGGAGGAAGCGGCAGACUCACAGGUGAACUCGAGAGCAGCACUGCUGCCUGUGUUGAGUCCCCCCAACCAGCGCACAUACGACCUGCUGCUGCUGGCUCUGGCAGAGGGUGGAGAUGUGGGGGGCGUGGAGAGAGUGUAUUCGGACAUGCUGCGAGAGCGGGUGCGCGGUGGGGCGAGGAGGGGAGGGAUGGAGGGAGAGGAGGGCGAGGAGGGAGAGGAGGUCGAGGAGGGAGAGGAGGUCGAGGAGGGAGAGGAGGUCGAGGAGGGAGAGGAGGUCGAGGAGGGAGAGGAGGUCGAGGAGGGAGAGGAGGUCGAGGAGGGGGAGGAGGGAGAGGAGGGAGAGGAGAGGGAGGAGAGCGAGUGGGCGGAAAGCAAGACUGGUGGUGGGGUGUUAGGGGUUGGGCGAGUGAGGGAGGUAGUGGAGCACCUGUUAGGGGUGGAUAGAGUGAGAAGGAAUGAGGCGUGGGCUGCUGCUGUGGCAGCCCGAGGGGGAGAAGCACCAGCCAUUUUUGGAGGAGCAGCAGCAGGAGCAGGAGUAGGGGGAGAAGGAGGUGCAGGAGGAAGAGGUAUGGGUGGGACUGGGAGAGGCUGGGGGGCGGGUUUCUUUGGGGAGGGGGAUGUGGCGAUGGGCUUAAGGCUUACAAGGGAGCAGCGGCAGGUGCUGGUGGGGGCGUUGCUAGCAGGGGCUGAGGUGGAGAGUGCAGACGGCGGGGUGACUUACUCUGUGCGGUUCUCCCAGCCUAUUGCAGCAGGCGGCGAGGAUUGGCGUAUGCGAGUGCUGGACUGGCUGUAUGAGGUGUUCCUUCCCUGGGUGGCUGCGCCGCCCGUGGAUGUGACUGUAAAGGGGGGAGAAGUAGGGGAAGGUGAAGGGGGGGAUGUGGGGAAGGAAGGGGGGAAUGGGGGGAAGGAGGUGGAGGAUGGACGCGAUAUCAUUCGGGUGCGCACAUUCGCUACCGUUGCACACCCCUCUCUGCAGUUCUAUGCUCGGCACUUUCGUCCUGUAGUGAGGGAUGCGGCCGGCAAACGGGGCAGCGGGGAGGCGGCAGUUCCUCGUCUUAUUCAUCGAUGGCUUUCACCCCGAGGCAUGGCGACGUGGCUCAUGUAUAAUGGUUGGGCUAUUAAAGGGGAUGGAGGCAAGGGAGGGAGAGAGGUGAGGAGGGAGGAAAUUGGAGUGGGAGAGGGGGAGGGGAAGGGAGAGAAGGUUGAAGCGAUGAAAAAAUCUGGUGAUAACACGGGUGGUAGUGGUUAUAGCCUGGUAUUUGGAGCGGAGGGGUAUUCUGCCAAGGAGGUGGCACUGGUUGUUGCAGCGGUGGGCGCGAGAGUGGAAGAUUGCGCUUGGAAAAAGGGAUCUAAAGGGAAGAAGAAUGCUAUGAGGUUCAGUGGGCUGUCUGCACGAGGCACUUGGCGAGCCAUGGAGCCUUAUAUGGUGGAGGAGGCGAGGGAUGCUCUUGGCCCUUGA